AUGGUUACAGCUGUACAGGCGGCAGCGCGGGAGAAGUUCCCCGUGCCUCCUGAGGGCCUGAGGUGUGGCCUCCUGGCGUUGUCCCCCACUGCCGUCGUCCCUUUGGGCGCUCACACCGAGGGAGAUGGCGGCGCAGAACUCGGGUGUUUUCGGGCCCUGAGGGGCGAGCGGACUCGGAUUUGCGUGCGAGCCGGUUACGCGUACGAAGUGCCGCGUGUGCGCCACCUCCCCGUGUCACCCUUUGUCCGAAGCCGCGUGGUGGCGACCCAGCCGGCACUCCAGGGCCACGGUUUAGGCGAGCCUUCCGGCCUCACCGGGCCUCGGCAUUCCGCUGGCGGUUCCAAAGUGCGGGCGGAAAUGCUGCCGAAAACGACGGCCCCCGGGACCCCCGCGCCGCCCGGCCCCUGCGCCCCGGAGCCGGCGGCCGCGCCGGAGGACCCGGGGGAGCUCGAGGGCCCGGGGGAGCGCGCGGCGGCGCCGGCGGAGGCGGAGGCGGAGGCGGAGGCGGAGGAGCAGGCCGCCGAGGCCAGGCAGGAAGAGGAGCAGGAGCAUGAUGGCCAGGAGGACCCACCCCGAGCAGAGCCUGAGGAGGAAGAUGGGGGAGAGGUCUUCUCCUUUAAAUACAGCCCCGGGAAGCUGCGGGGAAACCAGUACAAGAAGAUGAUGACCAAAGAGGAGCUGGAGGAAGAACAGAGAGUGCAGAAGGAGCAGCUGGAGGCCAUCUUCAAGCUCAUGAAGGACAACAAGGAGACGUUUGGGGAGAUGACAGACGGCGACGUGCAGGAGCAGCUCCGGCUCUACGACAUGUAGGCCGCCUCCGCCCGCGAGGCCCCGUCCCCGACUUGCCGGCUGCGGCAGGCUCGCUCGCUCGCUCGCUCUCGCGUCUGUAGCUGUAGAGGCGCUACACACGGGCCAUGCGGUUCCCAAGACUUAGGCAUGGUUUUCCAGCAAUCGGGAUUAUUGUCUUCGGAGUCAGACAUUUUUUUUUUUUUUUUUUUUUUUU